GUUCUCAGCAUUCAUCGUCCCCACCCCCACGCCUGGCUGCCCCCUCCUCUCCCUGCAGUGAACUUUGGACCCUUCCAGCUCAAGAGCCUGGCGCCGGGCGCUGGGUGACCCCGAGGACUGGAAGGCGAGGUCCGGAGGGGCUAGGCUCUAAGGGAAGGGAGCAGCAGUGGCUUUCUUUCCAUGGGGGGGAAUCUACGUCCCUGAGUCUGUUAGCCUCUAGGGAGGGUGUGUGUGGCCCUGCCCCCUCCCCAGAACCUGAGUGAAAGACCUUUUCCAGCUGGAGAAGAGGGGGUGGGGUGUGCCAGAGGUGCAGAAGGCAGGGCGUUCUUCCGAGCCCACGUUGGCUCGCUCCAGCCUGGCCUUAGGUUCUGUCCAGGACCCAGCCUUCCUGGAGGUACGAGCUUACACACCCGUGACAUCCACGCCGACCUUUUGCGGGGGUUCGGGUCCCACCCUGGCUAACGCUCUGGGUUGGGGUGGGCACUUCGGGCCGCGCAGGGCAUGCCUGGCACUCGAACUGUCCAGGAGCAGUUGUGUCUUGGCAUAGGGAGAGAGGCAGGGAGACAGACAGGCAAGGGUAGGUUUGGGGCACUUGGGCGCGUAGCGUAGGAAGAAGAUUGGGGGCUCGUAAGGAAUCCAGCCCCCGGGGCGGUGUGUGCCUGAGGCCCCGCCAUACCUGCGCCCGCGCCCUUCGAGAGGAAGCACCUCUCUCCCCCGCAUGUAGGGUGCGGAACGCGCCGCCUGCAGAAGCCGAGCUGCAAGGGAGAUGGGGUGUAGAAACGGCUGCGGGAGCGACCGGGUCUCGAUCGGUGCCCCCACCCUGCCAGGCGCACGUAGCAGUGAGUUGGCAAGUCCAGCCGGAAUCCAGGGGGACCCCAUUCCUGAGGAACUCUAUGAGAUGCUGAGUGACCGCUCCAUCCGCUCCUUCGAGGACCUCCAGCACCUGCUGCACAGUGACUCCGUAGAUGACGAUGGGGCUGAGCUGGACCUCAACAUGACCCGGACUCACCCCGGAGGCGAGCCAGAGAGCUCUUCUCGUGGGAGGAGGAGCCUGGGGCCCCUGGCGGCGGCAGAGCCAGCCAUGAUCGCCGAGUGCAAGACGCGCACCGAGGUGUUUGAGAUCUCGCGGCGCCUGCUGGACCGCACCAACGCCAACUUCCUGGUGUGGCCGCCGUGCGUGGAGGUGCAGCGCUGCUCGGGCUGUUGCAACAGCCGCAACGUGCGCUGCCGGCCUGCGCAGGUGCAGCUGCGGCCCGUGCAGGUGAGAAAGAUCGAGAUCGUGCGGAAGAAGCCAACCUUUAAGAAGGCCACGGUGACCCUGGAGGACCACCUGGCCUGCAAGUGUGAGACGGUGGUGUCUGCACGGCCUGUGACCCGGAGCCCCGCGGGUUCCCAGGAGCAGCGAGCCAGGACACCCCAAACUCGGGUGACCAUUCGGACAGUGCGAGUCCGCCGGCCCCCGAAGGGGAAGCACCGGAAAUUCAAGCACACACAUGACAAGAUGGCGCUGAAGGAGACCCUCGGGGCCUAGGGGCAUCGGCAGGAGUGUGGGCAGGGUUAUUUAACAUGGUAUUUGCUGUAUUGCCCCCAUGGGGUCCUUGGAGUGAUAAUGUCGUCCCCCUCGUCCGUCUGUCUCGAUGCCUGAUGCGGACGGCCAAUGGUGCUGCCCCCGCCCUCCACAUGUCCGUCCACCCUCAUCCCAGCGGCGCCCUGCCCAGCAGCUCCAGAAGGAAACCAGGGCCAAGUCACUGCUGCUCCCUCCCCGGCCCCAAGGACCUGGGACAGGAGUGCGAGAGACAGAAGGGGACAGGGUCUCCCACCCCACCCCAAGCGUGGCCCACCCCUGCCCAGUGCUGUGGACUGGCCCGAGGAACUCCGCCUGUGGCCCUCAGGACCCGGUCCCUGGACCCCGGGCCAGCUCCCGGAGACACCUCUAGGUGACCUGGAUCUCUCCAACUCCUGUGGCCAGGACCACUCGUCAGGGGCACAGACUGGAGAACUGCCGCCCUCUCCCCUCCGGGCCUCCUCUGCUCACAGUGGCUUCCUUUCUCUUUAUAUGUAUGAAUCUCCAAAGACGGGGACUCCUGGGCAGGUGACUGAGCGCCCUCUGGCAGGUUAAAUGAGGCUCACUCCUCAGGUGGGCCUAGACAGCAACCUGAGCGUCCCCUGCUCUUCCCGUGUCGCCCCUCCCCCAGUGCCGCCCAAUUCACUUCUUCUGUUUCAUCUCUCUACCUCCACCCUGGGUGUUCCUCUUGUCCUGGCCCUUCAGUCUGUUCUACCAAGGGGUUCUUGGACCCCUGAUUGAGGCCCCAAAUGACCCCAAUCACUCUUCUCCAACGCAGAAGGCCAGGGGCCAGGGCAGCAGGAGACCUGCCCAUCUUAUUCCAACCCAGCCAAGACUGCCAUUUAAGAUUGUUCAGGGUGUGUACUGCACAAGGGCACUGCAUGCAAGGGAGCAUUCUGCACACCCUAGAUAUAGCCGAUUUGUCUAUUUAUUAUGACAGUUUCUGGAAGAUGUAGGUCAAGCAUCCGAGGAAAAGAAUCCUGUCUCUAAUUCACACACAGGCUCUGUGUGGACUGGCCCUGUUCUGACCCAAGCUGUGGCUUGGAGUAGUCAGACAGGAGUGAGCCCAUGGUAUGGUAACACAGAGGCCUGGGCUCUGCUGUCCCCGCUGUCCCCUCCCUUUGAGAUGCACCUGGAGGCCCUGGCGGGGGGGUGCGCUCCCUCCCCUGCCUCCCACCGCACCCCCAGCCUGCUUCCUUCAGUUUGUAAAGUCGGUGAUUAUAUUUUUGGGGGCUUUCCUUUUAUUUUUUAAAUGUAAAAUUUAUUUAUAUUCCGUAUUUAAAGUUGUAAAAAAAAAAUAACCACAAAACGAAAACCCAGCGACUUCUCUGGCGGUCUGUGCUGGCGUCGCAUCGCGCGAGACAGUCAACAUUUCGGCGUUGGCAGAAGGUGGCCGCAGCUUGCGCCCCAGGCUCGCGAUCGCAGCUGCAGCCCGGGCGCGCGCUCCCGCCGUGGCUCGGGAGGCCCGAGGCUCAGACCCUGACCCUGACCUUGACCCUGCCCGGGAGAUGGGCUGCAGGGCGCAGUCGGGGAGGCUGGAGGAGGAAGCACAACUGAGCUUCUCCCCGGCAAGGUGUGGCAAGGCACAGCGCCACCUGGCCACAACCUCCCCAGAAACGUGAGGGGAGGAGACUGGCCGUCCCCAAGCGCCAGCCCCCAGCUCCUGGCCUUCUCUUUUUCAUUGGUUUGAUUAUUUUUUCGUGCUGGGGUGCAAGCCAGGGCCUCCCCACGCUGCCCCUGAGCUGCGCCCAGGCCCCCGUGCUUCCCCUUGCUCCUGAAGUCGGGAACAGCACACGGAAAGAUGCUGAAUGUGUUCCAGUCCCACGUGCUGUCUACCCUGAAGCUGACAAUCUAAAACUGAAGCCAUCUUGCUCCUGGAAGUAGUGAGCUCCCUGUCACGGAGAGUGUGUAAGAGGACUCUCAGAGGCCACGUGGCUGAUGUUUACUGAAUAACAUUGGGGCUCCCUGA